AGUGCGGGAUUUUUGAAACAUCAGUUGAUAUCACAUUCAGCAAAUCAAAAUGGCCCGUACCAAGCAGACCGCUCGCAAGUCCACCGGAGGAAAGGCUCCUCGCAAGCAGCUGGCCACCAAGGCAGCUCGCAAGUCCGCCCCAGCCACCGGCGGAGUCAAGAAGCCCCAUCGUUACAGGCCCGGUACCGUCGCUCUCCGUGAGAUCCGUCGCUACCAGAAGAGUACCGAGCUGCUCAUCCGCAAGCUCCCCUUCCAGCGUCUGGUCCGUGAGAUCGCUCAAGACUUCAAGACCGAGCUCCGUUUCCAGAGCUCUGCCGUCAUGGCUCUUCAGGAGGCCAGCGAAGCCUACUUGGUCGGUCUUUUCGAGGACACCAACCUUUGCGCCAUCCACGCCAAGCGUGUUACCAUCAUGCCAAAGGACAUCCAGCUGGCCCGCCGCAUCCGUGGCGAGCGUGCUUAGAUUGUCAGCUUGACAUCUAAAACCAACGGCUCUUUUUAGAGCCACCACAUUUCCAAGAAAGAUCAAAUUCUAAACUCUCCGUAGUUCUAGGCCUAUCACCAUCAUUCAGGUCUAGA